UUUUAGUUUCAGGUAUAUAACUAAAUAUGUCGGAUAUAAUCACAUCGACAUUCUCAAACUUGGAUUUGGAUCUGUAUGAUACUGAUUUGGAUGUGACGACAAUUAGAUCAACGUCACGUGUUUAUCCAUUAUGCACAGAAUUUUUUUGUGAUCAAUACUUCACUCCGAAAAGAAUAAUAUCUCUUGGAAUAAUGCUCGGACGUGUGGCCAUCGCUGUGCUCAUCAUGCUUCUGGGUUUGAAAAUGGAAAAAGACUAUAUGAGAAGUAUCACCAACACAAUUUUCAUCCCAAUAGCCGUGUCUGAGUUGUUCACGAUAUACAUUGAAAUCGCAUUUUAUCAAGAAAUGUUCACCAUUUCGGCCCAAGAGUCCGUGGAUUUUAGAGAAUCAUAUAUCAACUGGACCAAGGCUUUUGUUGGUAUCAUCAACGAUUACGUGUCAAUCAAUACAAUGGUUUUGCUGCCGAUGUUACUCUAUUGUGGCCGAAUCGCAACAUUGCCCGGAGAUAGGAUUAAUGUGUUCCCAACGAAUAUGAUCUGUCUUAUAUUGCAAAUUGUUCCAUUCUUCAUCUGCAUUCUUAAUUACGUGGCAACUCUCAAUGGAGCAGCUGUACUGAAAGUCCUCGCAGCAACUUCAAGAGUGGUCACUCUAAUUUGCUUUUUGGCAAUAUUUAUUCAAAUCUUUAUAUCAAUCGUGGUAGCGAUGCGUGAACUUCCCGGCGAAGCAGCAACAUCAGUUGAUAUGCAAAUAAGAGAUGCAAGAAGCAGAUUGGCAUGGACACUUGCCUAUAUAAUUAUUCCAUUUUUGACACUAAUUCCAUUUGUAAUUGAAGCAAUUUUCUACAUCUUUCAAAUCAAUCCAACUUCGAAUAGUGGCGCGAAAGUUGUGGAACUGGUCUGCUCACUUCUGAUAAAAAUGGUAAACUUCUAUCGUCCAACAUGGAUGGUAAUUAUAACAAUGAUCUUUCUUCCACCAUAUCGUCGUGCUGUUCCACUCUUAUUCUGUUGCUGCUCCUGCUGUCCAAAAGUCAAUGUGGAACCAUUGCCACGUAAGGAGAACGAGUCGAGUCUUAUGUAUCGAUAUGCCGAUUUGUGAUAAAGGACAGAGAUUUCUGAGAGCGUUCAUUCUGUGAAUUGAAUAAAUUGGUUGAAAAAA